AACACCACAACCACCAAUUCACACAACCAUUUCACAUUAAUGGCAAAGCUCAUAGCACUCGCCUUCACGGCCCUUGUAGCCUUUGCUUCCGCCCACAACAGCAAUACCAUCCCCGAGGAGGGAAGCUCAGUCUCGGUCUCGAAGCAGCAGUGCAGCCAACAGCUCCGGGGACAAAGAUUCAAUCAGUGUCUAAGUCACGUCAUCAGCACUCAGCAGGAGGGAAAUUGGUGCUGUAACCUUCCCAUCUGUUUUAUAUGCGAUAAGGAUGGUGAUCAGGGACAAGGCCUGGAACAAUGCUGCAACGAACUUCAAAAGGUUGAGGAAGAAUGCCAGUGCGAGGCGAUGAAGGAGGUGUACAGCGAAGCCCUGAAGCAACAGCAACACUGGAGCCAACAACCAAAACAACAAGGUGAAGGUGGCCGACAACCGCAGACCCAAGACUUGCAGCAGAUUGUUCAAAAUCUGCGGAACCAAUGCAAACUACAAGCGAAGCAAUGCUGAAUCCCAACUCCCAUGUUCUAAGGUAGAGAGGUUUAUUAUCUUAUCCAGGAAUAAAUGUCUCUCAUUCGCGUCUUUAGUCAAGCUUUAUGGGUUUGAGAUGGGAGUAUUUCCCGAAAUCAUAAUAAAUAGGUAGAUGGAGAGAUAUGAUGUGCAUCUAUGAAAAAUCUCAUAUGUAAUCGAUAUUUUCAUUGAUCGGGUAUGUAUAGCUUUUGCCUUUCGGAUA